GCCCACUUCGGGAAUACCGUUCGAAAUUUGAUAGCUACCGGAAGAUCAGAUGCUCGUUUUCUGGGAUGGCUUUAUAGUACCUUACAUCCGUUGCUAUCGUUGUACAGAUCUAACCGACUCUGUCGAAGGGAAAAGUGAAAAGGGGUUCCGUUCCCCGUAGAUCACCGUAAAUCCGUACAACAAGUCAGCUUUGUCAACGGGAACACAAGGCAUGCGCGCCGGAAGAAGAGAAUGGGCCAGUAGCCUUCUAAAUACCUUACAUCGCUGGUAUUCCUCCAGGGCGGAGAUUGGCUGCGGAAACAAAACAACGAAAGACUCAAGCCGUAACAAGGAGUCAAGAAAUCAACAAGCAUGCGCCAUCCUUCCAUCCUUCCAUUCUUCCAUCCUGCAAAUGAACUCCAGCGCUCCCUUCAAGCCAAAGCUCCCAUUUCCCUCCCCUUCACACAGUUGCAAUACCCCCGCAUCCCCUCCCCCUCUCAUCACAUUCCCGAUUCCGACGAUCUCACACACUCACCACAGCCUAGAAUACCUCUCCGGGAAGAACACCCGAUUCAGCCCCCUCCCGAUCCACCCGACCGUCAGCAGCCGGAAAUCCACCUCGACAGGCGACCAGGCCGGGUACGGCCUCCGCUCCACUAUGUCGGCCACGUACGCCAUGCGCCACCCGCCAUUCUCCUCCACCCAGAUGCCCCUCUCGAACGCGACGGCCACCAGCGCGAGCCACGCAAACACCGCCGCCAGCGUCGUCGCCGCGCCCACCAUCGCCGCCGCUGACGGGAGUGUCGGCCUCUCCGGCUUCCGGCGCAGGCGGACGAUGUGGUACAGGGCUAGCUUGGCCAGGUACCACGGCAGGCCGGCGUAGCCCGUGACGGAGACGAGGAGCCGCCACAGGUUGUAGGGCUGCAUGAGGAUCAGGAGCGUGAGCCAGACCAGGGCCGUGAGGGCCUGGCAGAGGAGGCGCGCCGCGCCGCCGAAGG